CAACACCAGAAGUGUCGAUGAAAGUCCAAGCAAGACAAGAAUAGUGCAUUUGUCUGUAAUAUCCUCUGUCCUGUCCCUGUGUCUGUGUGUUAGAAGUAGUUUUAUUUCAGCGAUAGCGCUACUUAGCGUUAGCUGCUGCGGCUGCUCCCGCCAGGGCAAAACUGAAAAUCUACUGAAGAAGAAACAGAAGCUUUUUACUUUUCGCCACGAAAAAUCAUGAGUGAAGGAGGUGGAGAAGUGCAGCUACCAAGGGACGGAAUGCGAGGUGGCCUGACAACACAUGAUAAAGGCUCUCCCAACAAGAACAUUGUCCAGGAUGUGUUCAAUCACAUCAAUUAUAUCGUCGACGAGACCUCGCUGUUGCGCUUUCACCUCGACGCAACCAUCUUUCCCUCCAAAAACGCCACGGACACCUAUGAAAUGCAAAAGCAUCGUGCUAGCUAGUAGUACUCGCAUUACAAAUUUGAUCAGCAUGACAAGUGGAAUUUCUCAUGCUGAUUUACCUUCUAAAAGAGAUUUGUCAUGCAUAAACGCGAUUACUACGAGUACGAUACUUCUGCACAGGAUAACACCUGCAUCGGUACCAUCGGAUCCUCUUUCGCCAUCGCGGUUGUCGCCACAUUUUCCGGAUACUGGAUCUUGCGCGCGCGCAAGGUCGCGGAG